UCAAGAUGGCGAACAUGGAAAAUAAAACACCCACUGCUGUCAAAACCAGGGAGACCUCUGGUUUUCUCAUGUCGAUAGUCAGAACACUUUCCUCAAGUGCUGAUUUUGAACAAAGGGAAAAGGAGAAAACGAGAAUCGAGAAAGCCUUCAGAGAGAGUGAAAAACGGUUGGGCGAGUUGGUGACGGGAAAUCAUCAAGAGGUGAUUAAAGUUUUACAAGCUUUUAGUUCGAUGACAAAAUGCAUACAGGACUCGAGGAAUAAGAUGAGAAAGAUUAAAGAUGAUCUAAAAUCUUGUAAAACACUGCUUCAUUUUAAAAGAGAUGAGUUGAAAAAGUUGUGGAAAGAUGGGGUCGAACAUAAAUCUGUGUUGCACAUGUUAGAUCAAGUCGAACAAGUUAGGGAAAUUCCUGACAAGAUGGAUUCGCUAUUAGCUAAUAAACAAUAUCUAAAGGCCACAGAUCUGAUCGUGGGCGCGGUUGCCACACUCGAAGGCCCGUUAGAGGGUGUUGAUGCACUUCGCGAUUUGAAACUGGAACUUAUAUCGAGGAAGGAGAAAUUACAUGAAGUGUUGAUUAAAGAGUUAAAUCACCAAGUUUACGAGAAAUCGUUCGAAUUGUACAUCAAUUCUAGACGUCGCAAUAUUAGUCGAACGUCUCCUGGCAAUCCUAUUAGUAAUCCUGUAGGUCAAGAAAUAACGGAUAGUCUUCAGGUUCGAGACCGAGAGAUAAGUGUGGACGGUAAACCAGCAGAUAAUAUACCAAUAGGCGUGCUGAUAGAAUCUCUCUCAAUUCUCAGACGAUUACCAGAUGCCAUAGAGACAAUCAAAGCUGAGAUGGAACCAGAAUUAAUGAAUUUAGUUUCAAAAGUUUCGCAGCAAAUUGUUGAACACGCUUGUCAGCAGGGGGAGCCAUUUACUUAUCAGAAUCAAUCGUCGUGUCUUUUGGAGUUUCUUGAGACAAUUUUCGCACAGUUUCGUUGUGUUGCAAAGUUACAUCAGAGUAUUCUGUCCCAUAUUAAUAGAAUAACGUCGAGAGGGAUGCCGAUUAGAUCCGUGCUUAUGUACGAUAUGAAGGACGUUUGGUCGAAAAUACAAGCCGUGCUUCAAGUUCUGCUGGGCGAAUAUCUCGACGUUCAGAAUACGAUUUCAAUAAACCAACAGUCAACGUCAGCGUUCGAUGAACCGAGUGCGGACAUAAAACAUUAUUUCAGUAAAAAGAGGACGACUAGGCCUAAGAAGUUGUCGUUGUUUAGAUUUGAUGCGUCGCUUCAUGCUUUGAGUACGAAUAGUUAUAUUGAAGAUAACCGACAUUUUGAUACGUCCGAGUACAUGCGUGAACCGGGUUUAAUAGCAGGGAUGGCCAAACAUCAGUUCGUCUGUAAACCAGCAGCCAAUAAUAUUACAGCAAUUUACAAACCAUUAAAGGUCUUCAUCAAGGAGAUCGAGACGGCAAUGGAAUGCCCAGCAGGUCUGCAGGAAUUUGUUAACGAAUUUCUCCAGAAAGCAUUCCUGGGGCAAGUGUACCAACGGGUGUCGAAAUCGAUUGACGAGGCUACAAGAGGUUUUGAUGCAUUGCGCCACGUUAUUGACGAGAAGAGUCGACGAGAUUUGGGGGUUCCGCGGCCUUUAUUACAGAGUACGGUAACCGUAGAGAGGAACAUCCAGGAACUUAGGGAAUUAAUGCAGGAUCUACCAGACUGUUCGGAACAAUUUUUGAAUAUGAUCUGUAAUGUUUUGGGCGAAUACAAAGAUAAAUGUCAUGCAGCUUAUCGGGAUAUCGUGCAGCACGGAUCAGAUGAAAAACGCGUUAUUUCGGCCAUGUGGGCGAAAGACGAAGAUAUAAGUCGAUUUUUAAGAUCGUUGCCGGGCUGGAGGACAUUACAGCCAGGUGAAGGUCAGGAAUUGGACAGAACUGUUUGUUCCGAGGAAGAGAUGCGGGCACUGAACUCGAAAGAAUCAAUCAUUCUUAUUACUAAUCUGUCGUCUGAUGAUAAUUUAAUUCCACAGCAAGAAAUAAUCACAGACAUUACACAAAUGAGGACGGUCGCUAAUGUACACGAAAGUUUGGAAUGGUUUGCAUUUGGUUUACGGCAGUUUGUUUCUACAUUAACAAAUAAAUCAAAUCAAACUCCUUCUGAUAUUCCUAAAGUAUCCGAAAAGAUAUUGCAAUCGUUGUCGAAACUGGUUCAGGAUUUCCAAGAUUUAGCCGAAAUCUGUCUUCUGCUGUUGCAUUUAGAAGUUCGUGUUCAUUGUUUCUAUUAUUUGCUUCCGGUAGCCAAACAGUCAAAUUACGCGGGACCAAUAGAUGACUUGGAUCCGGACUCUAAUGUCUUGAAAUUAAACAAAGAUUUAACCAGCAUGGAAGAAGUGCUCGCCCAAAGUCUGCAACCGAAAAAAUUCAAAUAUAUAUUUGAGAGUUUGGGUUACCUGGUUGCGUCCAUUUUAAUUAAUAGUAUUCAAUAUCUUAAAAAGAUUAACGAAAACGGCAUCAAGAAAAUGUGUCGUAAUAUUUUAGCGAUUCAGCAGAAUUUAACGAAUAUCACAUUAACCCGAGAAGCAGAUUUAGAUCGGGCACGUCAUUUUUACGAACAAUUAUAUCUACAACCCGAUGAUAUACUAACGCUCGUAGCGGAGAAAGGCACGAAUUUUACCCACACGGAAUAUAGUCAACUGAUACAGCUUUAUCAUCGCAGUCACCCGAAUAAAAAAUCUUACCAAGCACAAGAUAAACAUUUACAAAGAUUAACGGAGGUCUGGGAAAAAGGUCAACAUGAAAAUCGUGAUUAAAAUUGGAUCAAAAUGAACUAAUUGGAUUUUUUAUUAUAUUAUAAAUUUAGUGCUAAUUAUGUUAAAAUGGACAGUGCAUUCAUAUAUUUAUAAUAAUUUAAUUCAAUUACAUAUUUAUUUAAAACAUAAAUUGUAAUAUUUUACAUGUAUAUAUAAUACACCGUCUUCAAAGAGUCAAAGCAAAAAAUCCUACAAUCAUAGAUGACGUGUGUUACCGUGUCUGUACAUUGUGCUUUCACAUAGACGGAGGAUUUUGACAUCCGAAGUAUUAUGUUGCCCAUUAAAUAUCGACAAAAAUCCAGACGAAAAGAGAAAUCAGUGCCAUACAAUAUGACAGGUAUCAGAGAGAUUGUGUCUGUUACUGGAUGCUGUAUUUCCAGGCUUGUUGAUAUAAUAUAAAUCCAAGUGAUAUAUCAACAACUGUCCCUUUCUAUAUAAUAUACAACAUAUUGACUAUUGUACAAUAUAUACAACAUAUUGACUAUUGUACAAUAUAUACAACAUAUUGACUAUUGUACAAUAUAUAAAACAUAUUGACUAUUGUACAGUAUAUAAAUGUUGACUUUGUUCUUGUAUAUUAUUGGUUAAUUAGAAAUUAAAUGAAGUAGGAUUUAUCGUCCUGCGUAUCUGCACCAAAUAGUCUAAUGAAGAUCAUACGUACUCCUUACAAUCUGCUACGAGGGAAAUUUUGGACGGACAGCAGCAUUACAGCCUACUCUUAUAUUGAAUUCCUUCAGUCACAGGUUCUUUUACUUGCGUGCUAACGUGUACACGAGGCCUCAGUUUUUCAUCCCGAUCGAUUAGACACCUGUUCUUGUCAGGCCCCCCAACAGAUUAUUUAUAAAACUAGUUAAAGAAUUAACAUUCACAUUCUCCUCCAGUUGAUCAUGUGUUUUAAUUAGAAUGUAGACAUGUACAACAUUUAGUACUAAAAUCAUUAGACAUGUUUUCAUGCGUCAAACUUGCUACAAGGCUUUCUCUUUAAUACUGUCAAUAUCAUUCCAGUGUGUAACUAUACAAUUGUCAACUCAGCAAUCUACAGCCAACAAAGGUCAAAGAAGGUUUAUCUUGUAGUAUUGCAUGUCCAGGUCUUUACACAGGGCAUCCUCAGUUUUAUUAAAACUGAGUUAUUAUUGUUCCAUGUUUUUCGUUUAGACACUCCAGUAGCAUUUAGUCAAAGACAUGUUUAGAAAAGAUGCAUUCUUGUCCUAUGACGACAGCUAAAUAAUACCAUCCAAUUUCCUGUGUCACAGAUUGGUAGAUUGAUGUUAAAUUGACCAAUCACUAUCUGUUUUUUAAUGAAGGCCUACAUGUACCUCUUGAGCCUUAUUACAGACUGUGUAACCUGCUCUAUAUUAGACACCUGCACAACAUGGCUCCCUACUUGCUGCCCUUAGACUCGUGCACAACAUGACUCCCUACUUGCUGCCCUUGAAGAAAACUUAUCAGCAGUAAAUAUUCGCUUGGCCGCUAAAAUCACUGAAAGGGAUGACAUAGGGACGAGUUGAUUAAAUCUCUAUAUUAACUUAUACAAAUUAAAUUCUAAAACAAUAUAAAUUUUUUAAAAAAAGAAAUAAAUGUGUUGGCAGUAUAUCUGGAUAAAGAAUACUUAGUGUAAAUUGGUAGAUAAAAUAGUACGCGAAGGUGUAAAGUUAGUUAAAGACACCAAUUCAGCUCUGAUCAGUUUGUGUUACUACAUCUGAAGUAAACAUGCUAUCAUCGAGACUGUGAUGUCACCCGGCCGUAGACCUAUGCUACUCAUGAACUUAGAGGUCCGCCAUCUUGUACAGAGAUGACCACUUUGAAACAAGAUUGUUAUUAAAGAGGUAGUUUUAUAUGAAUAUAACCAACUAUUGAGAAUACAUAAUAUUAAUUUUAAUUCUAUGUGUUUAGAAAUAAAUUAUAAGUGUAUGUUAAUGAUACAAGUUCUGAAUGAAUGGUCUAAUUUAUAUCAAUGUAAGAAGAUAUUUUUAUAAAAACAAUAUUAUAUAUUUAAGAUAGACCUGGUUACCAGAUAAAUUCUAUUAAGUUAUAUAUGAUCUAAAGGUAAUUCUCAAGCAAAAUACAACAUUUAAAUCUCUUCAAAUUGGUUGACAUGAAACUUUUAACUAAGUCUUCAGAGCUUUGAUGAGUGUUUUGAUGACAAAAGCAACAACUCCAUGAAUAAAUGACGCACUUAUGAUUCUACCAUUUCGAAUAAAACGGCUAAGGGAUCUUUAACAUACAUUGGACUGUUUUUGUCUCAUCCAAAUGACUAGUUACUUUACUUGUUCGCCCUGUUGAGUGGAACUGUAUAUAUGAGAGAGAGUAUUUAUAUUACUGUACAGGUGAUGUUGAAUAUGGCGGCUAAAAGUGAUAUAAAAUACAAGCAUACCAUGGCUCAUGCAUGACAACUGUUACUAUGCGGGUAUCAUACAGUAAGCACACCCUGUCUCAUGCAUGACAACUGUUACUAUGUGGAUAUAAAAUAUAGCAAUAUAACAUGGACAAAUAGCACUAGAAUAAGACAUGAAUAUUUACAUAUUGACUCAUAUUAAAAUAUACAAAACACAUCUUGAAAUAAUCAAGGAUCACUGGGUAUCAUUACUACCUUUGGUUCUUUAUAAACUGCUCUUUUUAUUGACAUGUGUCAGACAGGUGAUUGUAAACACCUUGAUUGAGUAAAGUUAUUCAGUGUUGUAGACCUGAACAACAUACCCUGUAUUAUACUUACAUGACACUCACUACAGAUAGCUCACCGGAGAAAUGGUAUUAGAUGUUCCAGAAAAGGAAGUCAUAUUUUGCCUCAUGCACCAUAUUUAUCACUAUUUAUGGCUAAACAAUGACAGGCGAAGUAUUUUGAGGUGAAUAGAGUAACGAUAUGUUAUAGAUCCUGUGGUUAAACCAAGAUGAUUAAAACGGGGAGAGACACUAAAAUUAUUUACGUGGUAUCAACAAUGUGUUUUAAAAGAUAUUCAUAACAUAAUAUGAGAUACAAUCAGGUUAAUAUGAAGGCAGCUGAACAUGAAACACUUAGAAGCAGACAAUGAAUAGGUUUUUUAAAGAAUGAAUGAGUAUAAUCUAAUACUUUAACAAUGAGAAAACAUUUAAAUAUGUCAAGUAGACAAUAUGAUGUAUAAUAUAUAAUAUUUGUUUUUAUCUACAGAAUGAAACAUAGGCUAUAAAUACUCCACGAGAAAAUGCUAACAGGAAUGAGAAAAUGCUAACACAAUAAGAUUAGGGACCUUUCACAUCGGUACGAAAAUGAAAACGUCAUCGAUUCGUGUGUACUUGUGACGUCAAUCCGUAAUGAGUGUUUGGCCAGUGAAAAAACGUUACGCGUACAGAGCUGGUUUUACGUAGGUAUGCAAACGAAUAUGUUUCUUGUCUCAUAUAUUGAAUUUUGCACCAUUUGUCGAUGCUUUGUGUAUAUUGUUGAUUGUGUAGAGUUCGUAGAAUGUGCUCAAAAGCAAUAUUCUGCUUGAUUUGUUGUACAUCUGCCCAAAAAUUGAUUGAAAACAUUGACUUGACCGAGAAGUUCAUGAAGUGGAAAUUAAUGCCAUCCAGCUAUUAUUGUACGUCGGAUUGUGAAACCGUGCGUUAGAGGAUACGAAAACGAACACGUAAGCGAACAUAUGUUCGUUUUGGUGUUCGUUUUCGUACCAAUGCGAAAGGUCCCUAAUAUAAGAUUACAUGGACCCACUGGACCAGUGAUAGUUGGUUGAACUCGGGGUAUAAAUAUUUACAAAGAUAUAACUGUAAUAAGAUAACAAUAAGAAUAUAACAAAAGAGUUUACAGAGAGAGAGAGAGAUAGAAUGAGGUAAAGAUGUUUAAGAUUUUAUUCCACGUUUGUUCAUCUGGGCUUUAAAUUUCUUAUCAGCUCGACUAUCAGCAGCAGCUUGUCGUCUGUGUUCACUGUAAAUAAAAUAUAAAUACUCACUUUAAUUAUAAAAUACACAACUGAAUAAAUUUA